UCUGACAAGGAUAUGAAAGGUUACAGUAAAAUUUUACAUGGACUAUUUAAAGGACUUAUCCUCACACCAGAUCUAUGUGAAAGUGAUGAAGAAGAAAUGGAAAAUCACAUAAUUCACCCUUGUUCCGAUUCACAGCAACCUUUUACAGAAACAGAUGUGACCUUGCCUUCUUGCCUGAACGGAAGCCUUGGGUCUCGGGAAACUGACAGAGAGAGGGAUGGAGCUCGGCAUCUCUCUCACUUCUACUCCUUGUCAUCCUCUAGAACAACCACAAUACUGCAGGAGAUGGAGACUGUAUAUGAGCAGCUUAAGAGUAUGAGGCAGAAACAGCUGCUGUGGGAGAGAGAGCUGCAGGAGCGAGAGAUGAGACUGAAACAACAAGAGCAGAGUCUUCAGAAACUAGUGGGUUUAGAGGAAAUGCUCCGCUCUAAAAUGCUCUCUGCACAAGAGAAACAUGAGCAAGAGAUCCUUCACCUGCAGAAUCUACUGCAGGAAAAGACCAAAGAAAACAAAAGACAGAAGUCAAGCUUUGAAACUCUCAAAGAUCUGAAUGACAACAUGAAAAAACAGCUAGAUGAAUUGCAUGAGCAGAACAAACGUCUGGAGAGGCACUCGAGGAGGGUGCAGGCCCGACUUGAAAACCUACAGAGGAAAUGUGAGCUCGGUGUUGUGUUGAGAGGAUGUCAGAAAAUAAAUGUAAAAAGUCUGGAGAGUUUCAAUCCUCCCCAAAAGAACAAGACCUCUGGCAAAAAUAUCAGCAAGGUUUCCCCUUCCCCAGAGCUGCUCUCUCUGCUCCUAGAAUGGAUUCUUGAUGGACAUCUGAACUCAUCGACUGUCCCCAGUGUUAAAGAUAUGGGCCACUGUUUACCUCCAGAGAUGUUACGCAAUGAACGAUGCCUGAAGGUGCUGCCGUUAUUAGUAGAUCAGCUUGCCCACACUCCUUUGUUGGAGCCUGUGCUAGUCUGCAACCUCCUUCGCCUUAUCCACAGGGCUCUGAGACACUUGGACAAUAGUUCGCAGCAUGUGGUGUUAUCGGCAACACUGAGGCGGAUCGGAGAGGAAGUGUCCAAGCCUCGGAGCCAUCUUCAGUGUGAGGAUCCAGAUACAGUGGAAGUGAAUGGACCCCGCACCAAACAAGCUCUUUACCAAAGCCCAUGUCCUGAGACGCGCAUCCUGUCUGUGCUCAUCAUACUACACACACAAGCUGAUGUCCUGGCCCAGGCGUUGGACUCUCUGCGCUCCUGCCUGCUCCAUGAGGAGAGCAGAGGCCUGUUGUUACAAAAUGGAGGAGUGACUGAGCUUCUAACAGUGCUGAGGUCCGGGCGCACAGGACUACAAGCUCCUGUUGUAGACAUACUGAUGCAGCUCACUCAAGGAUCUGGCUACUUUAAGAGCUUCAUGGAGGCCUGCAGCUGUGAUGAGUUUUUCCACACGGUGUCCCAAGUCCUCCGGAGUCCUCAUUUGGAGCUGUCACUCCUGGAAAAGCUGUGCAUCAUUCUACAGAAACUCUCCACUGUCAGAAAGAACCGUCGUCUCUUUGAAUCGUCCUUUCUCCUCCAGCGGAUUCAGGAGCUCCAGCGCAGAUAUGGUCCCACACACACCUUUCUAUGCCUCAAUCUCACCUCCAUUCUCCACAAUCUGCAGUGACUCCAAUGAUCCAAGCCUAGUGGUCUGUGUACAUGAGCAGGUUUGUGAAGUUGAAGACAGCUGCCUGCACUACCUCUCCAACCAUAUGUCUGCACAUUCUUUAUUUAUACAGUUUUUGAAGUCUUGUCUUUGUCAGGGCAUUUUUACCAUUGCACAUGUUUUACUCUUUGAGAUCCAUCUGUUUCCAUGCUCACUCAGUAUAUUCUUAUGCGUUCAUAUGGUUUUCAAAGUACCACCUCAGAUAAUGCAGUGUUUGCCAUUCAACUUUAAAUUUAAUAGGGUAAAAUGAACCAGGACAAAAGCAGAUGCAGAACUAAACCAAAAACAGGACGAAGUAUAGACCAGAUCUAAACCAAGCCAAACACUAAUCAAGGGAAGGUCACAAUAUGUCUAUAACGUACAAGGACUAAACCAUCGCAAACCUUGAGCCACAAUAAA